CGUCAUUAUUCUUUGCUGAUUGAUAGAGCGUGAAAGAUGGCCUCCUUUCCAAACCGGGAACGGCUCGGACAAGCUGAUUUGUUUUUUAAGAUCAUCCUUUUAGGAGAUGCUGGAACCGGAAAGACAUCAUUGAUGCUCAAGUAUACACAAUCUGAUUUAGAUGAAGCUGGUCGUUACGAACAUUCUCUGGACACAUCAAGCAAAAUAAUUCACCGAGAUGACAUGACGAUCCAGCUGGAUAUUCGCGACACUGCUGGAAUGGAGAGAUACCGUAGCUUGACCAAGUCUCAUUACAACGGGGCAUCAGGAGCUCUGGUUCUCUUUGAGUUAACGGAUGAAAAGAGUUUUUCAAAUGUCACUCAUUGGUUGGAAGAUCUUAAGCAGUACACCGAUCAUCCAGACAGAGUGCAGGUAUUACUAGUGGGAACCCGGUGCCACAUGAAAGACCAAAGAACAGUACCUGGCGACAGAAUCACCAAAUUAGCCGAGCACCACGGCGCCAAUGUGAUGGAAAUCAGCGUGGAAGAAAACAUCAAUGUGACAGAGACAUUUGACCUGCUUGUGGAUAGGAUAUUGAGUGCUCGUCCUGAAUUGAGAGGAGAGGGCCAGCCACUGUUCCUGCCGAUACCUUCUGAUGAACAUAAGGAACUUGAUUUCAGUUGUUCACAGUGCUGCCCUAUAGGAGCCAGACACAGGGACUCGGGAAGUGGCGGUGGAGGUGGAUGAGUGAGGAUGGUCUCGUACGAAUGUACUUGUAUUGAUAUAAGACGGGCAGUCGUGCAGGGACCCGUCCAACCCAAAUUCAUGUUGAUUCAUGUUGAUCAAUGCACAGUGCUGUAUGCAACUCUUAUUUACAAUGUUAAGUAAAGUAAAUGUUAGUGACACUACAUGUAACUCUGAUUGACAGAUGUCAAGGGAUGGAGCUUGGCAAGAUGAAAAAUAUUCUUUGAAAAUAUUAAUAUCUAUCCAAAUACAUGUAGCAACAUAUAACUUUUAUUCAACUCUCAAUCAAUAGAAAUGAACUUGAUUUGGGUCACAGGACCCUUUCAAAGAAAACUUUAAAGGGAAAGAAAGAGAGUGAAUCACAUAAACAGUAAGAGAGAAAUAUCACAAUGAGGGUACUGUAUCUUAGUAAACAACCCCAAAUUUAGAUACUGACCCAAAAAACAGUCUGAAAAUUGAAAUUUAUUUUCAUAAUGUU